AUGCUGUGGGCCGUGCUGCUCUGCCUGGCUGCGGUCCCCCUGGCCAGCGCGAACAGCUGCCAGGGCUACGCCGCCAUCCCGGGCAUUCCGGGCAUACCAGGACAGCCAGGCUCCAAUGGCAAAGAUGGACUGGAUGGCCUGAAGGGACAGAAAGGUCCCCCAGGGCGGGUGGAGGAUGAAAUGGAGCUGGGGGAGAAAGGAGAGCCGGGGAGCCCCGGACACCCCGGGAAAGUCGGCCCCAAAGGCCCUGUCGGCUCCAAGGGCUCUCCGGGCCCCCCGGGUCCUCCUGGGCCAGUGGGUGAAUCUGGGGACUUCAAGACCACCCUCAAAUCUGCAUUCUCAGCUGCCAGGACCAUUAGCAUGCUGCCGCGCCGGGAGCAGCCCAUCCGCUUCGACCGCAUCAUCACCAACGAGAACGGGCACUACGAGAACAGGUACGGCCGGUUCACCUGCAAGAUCCCGGGGCUCUACUACUUCACCUACCAUGCCACCUCCAGGGGCAACUUGUGCAUCAACAUCAAGAAGGGCCCGGGCAUGAAGGGGGAGAAGGUGGUGACCUUCUGCGACUACGUGCACAACGUCUACCAGGUCACCACCGGGGGAGUGGUGCUGCGGAUGCAGGCAGAGGAGUCUGUGUGGCUGGAGCCCACUGAGAAGAAUUCCCUGGUGGGGAUCGAAGGGGCUGACAGCAUCUUCUCGGGCUUCCUGCUCUUCCCCGACGACUAG